AUGUGGACCAACGCUUUUGAGGACUGUCGAUCACACUUUGCCCGAGCCUGGAUUUUUGCCUGGAUCACCACAACUUUUAAGCAGCUUUUUUCCAGGGGGAAAGAGGAAAGAUCCGAUAUCAUGUCUGAUUCUACGUCUCAGGACGGGGAGAAAGAGGCUCAGCCUGUGCUGGGUUACGAGGUUGAUUGGGAGGGCCCCGAUGACCCUAGUGUACCGAUCAAUUGGCCCGAGUGGAAGAAACGAGGGAUUAUUGCUGCAAUUUGUGCCAUGAGAUUUACGACGCCAUUCGCCUCGUCCAUGAUGUCCCCUGCCCUGCUUAGCAUCGGCAAGGAUUUCCCAGGCACAUCGGAUGCCCUUCUUAGCUUCACAGUCUCCAUCUACAUCAUCGGCUUCGGAUUGGGCCCGCUGAUCCUGGCUCCCCUCUCCGAGGUAUACGGUCGCAACGUGGUCUAUCAUGUGUCCAACGUUUUUUUCACCAUCUUCAUAGCAUGCUGUGGCUUAUCUCCUAACGUUGGGGCCUUGCUAGCCUUUCGCCUAGCGGCGGGCUUCUUCGGGGGCGCGCCCUUGACAAACGGUGGAGGUACUAUUGCCGAUCUGGUACCCGUCCACAAACGAGGACUUAUCAUGAGUAUCUUCUCUGCCGUUAUGCUGGUUGGUCCAGUUCUAGGCCCAGUUAUUGGUGGGUUUCUGGCGCAGGCCAUGAGUUGGAGAUGGAUUUUUUGGAUCCUGACUAUUAUGAGUGGUAUCGCCAAUAUCUUGUGCUUCAUCUUUCUUCGUGAGACCUACAGUCCUGUCUUGCUGGAACGGAAAGCCCGCUAUCUUCGCAAAAAGACAGGGGAUCCACUCUAUCAUCCCAAAGGAAAGUCAUCGAAGACAUUAGGACAGCUGUUGCUUGUCGCUAUCACUCGGCCAGUGCGAAUGCUCGCUAAUCCGAUUAUUCUGGGUACCUCAAUUUACACAGCGGUGAUCUACGGGAUAUUUUACCUACUACUCACAAUAUUAUCCAUUGUCUUCCAUGACCAAUAUGGAUUCAAGGAAGGCAUCGCUGGUCUAGCAUAUCUCGGAAUCGGGAUCGGUAGCGUCUUAGGCAUGGUUAUCUUUGGCCUAUAUAGCGAUCGGAUCUAUACUAAGCUGAGUGAAAAGCAUAAGGAGGCCAAACCUGAAUAUCGACUGCCUCCACUGUUACCAAGUGCGCUUGCAAUGCCGAUUGGUCUGUUUAUCUAUGGCUGGACAGCACACUAUCGCCUGCACUGGAUUCUUCCUAUUGUUGGCACCGGCUUCUGUGGGUUCAGCCUGAUGGGUUGUCUUACUGCGGUUCAAACUUACCUUCUGGAUGGAUUCACAAUCUACGCAUCUAGCGCUCUCGCAGCAAGUAGUCUGGUCCGAAGUCUUGCCGGUGGUCUCGUUUCGCUAAGUGGGCCAGGCCUUUAUGACCGGAUGGGCCUGGGUUGGGGAAACUCCCUUCUUGCAUUUCUGUCGAUCCUUUUUGGUCUUUCGCCUCUCCUGUUCUAUAAAUAUGGCGAAAGAUUGAGACAAUGUCGGAUUGGCGUUGAUUAA